CCAUGCGUCAAUAGCCACGGAAACAAUCAAGCGUGGAUGGAAAUGGAGCAUUGAUUUGCUAUCUUGAUCCACAGAUCCAGUAACCAAAAGUCUUGGUCGCCAUGACUCCUACAUAUGAACUACUAGUUCAAUCAGCCAAAUUUAAAAUUUGAAAAUCAAAUUCCAAACGGUUCAGUAGCUUCUUGAACAACCCUUUUUUGAUCCGUUAUUUAUGGAUAGAAUCCGCACUCCCUCAAUUCUAGCAAAUCGAGAGACGGAGACGGAGCUUCUUCAGGUGAAAAUUUUGAAUUUUCUUCUUCCAUUCUCUCAUCAUCACCCGCUUCAUCUUCCUUCUUCACUGUGUUUUCUUUCUUCCCUCUUUGAUUCCCAAAAUCAAUAAACCGAUAUACUCGGUUCUUCUCUGUUUCCUGGUCUCUUCUCCUCCACUAGCGACUAAAAUAGGAUUGUACCAAGAAAAUAGAUAUGGGCCAGAUCCAGUACUCCGACAAAUACUUCGAUGACACUUGUGAAUACAGGCAUGUGGUUCUUCCUCCUGAAGUGGCCAAACUGCUGCCUAAGAAUCGUCUUCUCUCUGAAAAUGAAUGGAGGGCGGUCGGGGUUCAGCAGAGUCGAGGGUGGGUUCACUACGCGAUCCAUCGUCCCGAGCCACACAUCAUGCUCUUUAGGAGGCCACUCAACUACCAACAGCAACAGGAGAACCACGUUCAACAGCACUUGCUCGCCAAGUGAAUGUUAAAUUGUUAACCCAGAAAAGCUUCCCCCGGAGGAAGGAAGGAAAAAGAAGCCAUUUCCCUUUCCCUGAUUAUACAGGAUUCCCUGCGUUUAGUUUGGAAUCUUUUCGUCUUGAAAAGAGAAGAAAAGAAUUAGGAUUUCUGAUAUGAGAGAAUAUGGUUGUUUUCAUUGUAAGGUGGAGUAGGUUUCUUGUUGUCUUUCUCGACUUGGUUUGCAAUGAAAUUGUUAUACUGCGUUUGCUUCCUACUUCAAUUGCUUAGUCUGGAUUGAUUGAUUAGUGAGGGAUUAAUUGGUCUUGGUUUUUCA